CGUCUCCCUUCCAGCCUCCUCCGGCGGUAGGCAGAUCCCUGGACCAGUGCGCAUGCUUCGAGCCUCCUUAGAAGAGAUCCUUUCGAAACGGGUGGAUCUGGACUCGGCGGCUUCACGUGUGCCAUGGCGAGCGGGGUUAUCAAAUGUAAGGCAGCUGUUGCCUGGGAGGCAGGCAAACCACUGUCCAUUGAGGAGGUGGAAGUCGCUCCUCCAAAAGCCCAUGAAGUUCGUAUCAAGAUUAUUGCUACUGCAGUGUGUCACACUGAUGCUUUUACUCUGAGUGGCGCUGAUCCGGAGGGGAGCUUUCCUGUAAUCCUGGGUCACGAAGGAGCAGGGAUUGUGGAAAGUGUUGGAGAAGGAGUGACUAAAUUUAAACCAGGAGACACGGUUAUCCCUCUAUAUAUUCCUCAAUGUGGUGAAUGCAAGUUCUGCUUAAACCCUAAAACGAAUCUCUGCCAGAAAAUAAGAGUCACUCAAGGAAAAGGGGUGAUGCCUGAUGGUACCAGCCGGUUCUCUUGCAAAGGAAAGCAAGUUCUCCACUUCAUGGGAACAAGCACCUUCUCAGAGUAUACAGUUGUGGCUGACAUCUCCCUGGCAAAAAUAGACCCUUCAGCUCCAUUGGACAAAGUCUGCCUGCUGGGCUGCGGAAUUUCUACAGGUUAUGGGGCAGCCUUGAACACUGCAAAGGUUGAACCUGGUUCUACCUGUGCUGUCUUUGGCCUGGGUGGAGUUGGGCUAGCAGCUAUCAUGGGCUGUAAGGUGGCCGGUGCAUCCAGGAUCAUUGGGGUUGAUCUCAACAAGGACAAAUUUACCAAAGCGAUGGAAUUUGGGGCUACAGAAUGCAUCAGCCCCAAGGAUUUCAAGAAGCCUAUUCAGGAAGCCCUAGUUGAAUUGACAGAUGGUGGAGUAGAUUACUCCUUUGAAUGCAUCGGGAAUGUCAGUGUGAUGAGAGCAGCCUUGGAAGCAUGUCAUAAAGGUUGGGGAGUGAGUGUGAUAAUCGGAGUUGCUGGCGCUGGUCAAGAAAUUGCUACCCGUCCAUUCCAGCUGGUUACUGGACGAACAUGGAAAGGGACUGCUUUUGGAGGAUGGAAGAGCGUGGACAGCAUACCGAAGUUGGUAACUGAAUACAUGUCCAAAAAAAUAAAAGUUGAUGACUUUGUGACCCAUACUCUACCUUUUAAGCAAAUUAAUGAAGCUUUUGAACUUAUGCAUGCUGGAAAGAGCAUCCGAACUGUUCUGAAACUUUAAAACGUCUGAAGAUAUAAUGUUUAAUUCAACACACUGUUGGGAAUAAUUGUAAUAAUCAAGUUGAAACCUUGCCUCUGCAACGAAAAGCAUUGAUCAUGCCUUAAAAUAGCACACACCAGCUGUUUGUUUAAUACUGUAUACAGUCUAACUUUUUCCAUCUUAGUUGAUCAGGAAAUAUCAAAGGUCUAGAUUGAACUGUUGGUUUAUUUAAAAUCAAAAACUAUUUUUAAUUUUUCUAAUAAUUAGUUUAGGGUAUUUCUCCCCCUGGAAAAAGAAUGAUUAAAACUUGUCAUUACCUUAUAAGGAUAUAUGUAUGAUGGUUUUUUUUCCUUUCAGAUUUACUCACAAUUCAGGGAUUCUGGUUUGUUUCAAUAGAGAUGAUGAAAGUCAAGCAAAAAAAAUAGCCUUACUAUAACCAUGGAUUGUGUGAAUAGGCUGUUUAUGGUUUCCAAGAACAAUUUAACUCUAUGAAUAAAUAACACGGCUCCAA